AUGGAUGAAUCACAAAAAUUUCUCAGAGUAUCUAUUCUUCUCGCAGAUACACCGUUGCCAGAGGUAACCGAAAAAUUUGGGCAUUAUGGCAAACAAAUUUCAGAUCUUUUGCAAAAUUCUAUUAAUAGUAGCGAGCAGAAACUAUCGUUAAUAAUUAAAAAUUAUGAUGUAAAAAAUAUGGAAUUUCCUGAAGAAGACGACUUGCUGAAAACGGAUGGCAUUAUAAUUACCGGUUCUGCUUAUGAUGAUAUUCCAUGGAUUAAUCGGCUCACUGAUUUUACGAAACUUAUUAUCGACAAACAUCAACAUAUUAAAUUAAUUGGUAUUUGUUUUGGUCACCAAAUUAUAGCCAGAGCCGCAGGUGGCCAGGUUAUUAAAAACCCAUUGGGUUGGGAGAUUGGUGUAACAGAAGUAUCACUUACUGACAUUGGAGAAAAUUUUUUUAAGAUAGACAGGUUUACUUCAAAAUCUCCAUUUCAAGGAAUGAUAAAAGAAAAUCAAGUCUUAACAGUUCAAGGUCAUCCUGAAUUUGUUAGUGAAACAGAAAAAUUAUUAAUUAAUGCUCGAUUAAAUAAAGGAAUUUUUACUCCAGAAUUUGCACAAGCCGGGUUGAAAACUGCUGAUUAUGAAGAUGAUAGAAUAUUAAUUGGACAAAAAUUUAUUGAAUUUAUGAUUG